AAAUAUAUUAAUUUUUACAAAUUUACUAUCUGUAACAUAAUUCUAGGAAAAUCACCUUCUGUAAUUACUGAAGAGAAGGUUAAUGAUACUCUGGUAAGAUCAGUAUAUCUUCAAAUAUUACGUGGUAGAGAUGGUCGUGAUGGACUACCAGGAAGAGAUGGAGUGAAAGGAGAGAGAGGAGAUAAGGGAGAGAAAGGAGAGAAAGGAGAAAAAGGUGAAACUGGAAUCACUAGUGCUAAAAGUGGAGGAGUAGUGUACACUCGUUGGGGAAGGAAGUCCUGUCCUACUGGAGCUCAACUAGUGUAUGAAGGAAUAACUGGAGGUAGUUCCUACAGUCAAUCAGGAGGAGGGGCUAACUAUGUCUGUCUACCAAAGGUCCCUCAAUAUAUGAGUACACAUGUACCUCCUUUUCAUUCCUACAUGCAUGGUUCUGAAUAUCAAAAUGUCAAUGGUAUAUGGCCAGGAAAGCAUAAUCACAAUGUUCCUUGUGCAGUAUGUUAUACAUCUACUAAGAGUGUUAAACUGAUGAUUCCUGCUAGAACCAGCUGUCCUUCAUCAUGGACUAGAGAAUAUAAAGGAUAUCUGAUGUCUGAGAGACAUAUCCAUCCAAGAAAUGCUGUCUAUGAGUGUGUUGAUGAGGCUCCAGAAUCCAUUGCUGGUAGUCAUAGUAAUGCUGAUGGUGCUUUGUUCUUCUUUGUGUUAACAACCUGUAAUGGUCUACCCUGUCCACCUUAUGUUGUUAACAGGGUCAUAACUUGUGUUGUGUGCACCAAGUAAUAAAGAACAAUAGAGAAUGAAUGUUCAUUUUUGAUAAUGUGUUACAUGA